AUGUUGGUUCGAAGCAUUUGUCUGGUUUCACUCCUUUCGGUCGCUGUUUUCUGUGCUCCACUGCCUCUGGAAGAACAGUUCAACGUCUUCUCAACAAAGCAGGAGAAUCAUGGUGAGUCAGAACCGAUAAAUCAGCCAAUUUUCUCCCAUCCACCAGCUGAUGAUAGGACGAUCGUUGAUCGUCUGCCCAGAAAAGGGCGGAACAUGACUUUUAGCCAGUUCUGCCAACUGACAUUUUCCUUUGCCAUGACCGCAGCUCUUACGCAGCCUAAUUAGACAAAAAGGGGCCAAUGACUCUUCUAGAUGGACAAAAUUUAUAAGAAGACCUUGUAGAGUUACGUAUGAAAUUUCGCCAACAAGUUAAUAUUCUGAAAAAAUCAUAAAACUUUCAGAACAAAGAUUUGUACGCGUGGAUGCGAACAAGGAUAAAGAAGUGACCUUCAAUGAGUUCUUGCACAUGGAGUUGGCUUACGUCGAAGCCAAGAAAGAGGAGUUCGACAACCUUGACAAGAACAGUGAGUUAGAAAAAAGGAAGUCAUUCAACGUUAAUUAUUCACAGAGAACGGUAAGAUCGAGCUCGCUGAGUACGAGGAGCACUUCCACGAGUCUUCAAGCCGCAGCGAGAAACUUCGCACCAAGUACUUCGCUCAAGUUUUCGAGGUAAGGCAAUCAGUUUGAACAAAAAAAAAAUGCAUGUUUUUUGUGAUAAGAAGGGUUAACAUCUUUUUCUAUUGCUCAUUUUCUACACUGAUAUAAGUUACUUAAGGAAAGUGAUAGAUUCAGUCUAAUCAUAAAUUGAGCUCCUCACUGUCACAUUUAUCUUUCGAUAACCUAUCUAUACCCAUUUUUUAUUUCUUUUACAAGAUUUUAGAAAUUAUCUCCCUUUUUCUAGGACUUUGACGAGGAUCUCGACAUGGCGCUGAACCAGGAAGAGCUGGAGCGAGUCCUUGCCGAGCGGUUCCUCGUCAAGCCCCGUGAAAACUUCCCCAAGCUCUUCUUCGCCUAUGAUGCCGACCACAGCGGUGGUCUCGACCUUACUGGUUAGUCCCUUCUUUAAACUUUGGAAAUGACCGCUAUCUUCUUUCAGAGUACAUGAAGUUCGACGCGACUUUCCCAUUCGAGCAGACCGACCCAAUCGGUGGAUCUUCUAGCAAGAAGGAAAAGCUCCCAGGACAGAAAUCGGCGCCAGGCAGCCAUGCUCAGCCUCCGCCUGCCAUGGGUGAUGCCGACGCCGCCGCCAUCGCUGCCGUCAUGGCUCAGGCCAGUCCCACCUUCAACCGGGUUCGUUCUUCGAAUAAGGUGACUGAGAAUGAGCAAUGAUUUUCCAGCCAGCCCCAGUCGCUUCGCCUUCUCAGCCAGGACUCCACCCAGUUGCCCCAGGAGCUUCAAGACAGGCCGUUCCAAUCAAGAAGCUCUAA